GCUGCGCAGUGUCAGUCAGCUGACAGUUUAGACCAACCAGCGGAUGUAACAUCUCCUCGACUGAAGAGACCCUCUGACUCCGUCUCCGCUCACCGUUAUCAGCCGCGGAGAACCGGAGAGUCGUAACCCUCGAUACCCGGCCACGUCUUCCCGCCUCCCGCAGGAUGAGUGUCGGCGCUCCGAGAGGCCUGGCCAGCUCGGGGCAGAAACCCAUUACGGAGAUCCUCCACCCGCUGUCCGCCGCCGAGGAGCCGAUCUCCCCGGGGCCAGAUGUCACCGUCAACGUCGGAGGGGAAAAGGAAGCAGUGCUGACCAACGGCACGCCGGUGGAGACAUCGAGCCCUGCCUCAGCGUCCUCGCUCUUCAACAGGCUGCAGCUGGACGACGACCUGGAAGCAGACGCCCGGGACCCCUAUGCCUCCAUGGAAACACGUGACCUGUUUGUCACAGUGGAUGACCCAAAAAAACACGUCUCCACCAUGGAGACCUACAUCACCUACAGAGUCUCCACCAAGACGACACGGAUAGAGUUUGACCUGCCAGAAUACAGCGUGCGACGGCGCUACCAGGACUUCGACUGGCUGAGGAUCAAGCUGGAAGACAGCCAGCCGACCCACCUCAUCCCACCACUGCCAGAGAAGUUUGUGAUGAAGGGCGUGGUUGACCGAUUUUCGGAGGAGUUUGUGGAGACGAGGAUGAAAGCUCUAGACAAGUUCCUGAAGCGGGUCGCAGACCAUCCCGUCCUCUCCUUCAACCCGCAUCUAAACGCCUUCCUGUCUGCCAAGGAUCUGAACAAGCGUCAGGGUCUGGCCCUGCUGACCAAAGUGGGCGAGUCGGUGAAGCACGUGGCCGGAGGCUACAAGCUGCGGGCGAGACCGGCCGAGUUCUGUGCCAUGGGAGAGUACCUGGAUACAUUCAGCCAGAAACUGGGAACCAUCGACCGUAUCGCUCAGAGGAUCCUCAAAGAGCAGUCAGAGUACCUGACAGAGCUGCGUGAGUAUGGCACUGUGUACUCCAGCUGGGCAGCAUCGGAGGAGGAGCUGCGGCGCCCCCUAGAGGGCGUGGCCGGCUGUGUGACAACAUGCUGUGGAGCGCUGGAGGACCUGAGUGAGAACAUGAGCCAGGACUUUCUGCCUGUCCUCAGAGAGUACGUCCUCUACAUAGAGUCCAUGAAGAAUGUUUUGAGGAAGCGAGACCAGAGCCAGGCGGAGUACGAGGGACGACUAGAAGCAGCCAUAUUGCGCAAACAGGAGGACAGAACGCCUAUGCCAAUAGAGGUAGAGAAGUGCCAGGACAAAGUGGAGUGUUUCAACGCUGACCUGAAGGCGGACUGGGAGCGCUGGCAGAGCAACAAGAGACAAGACUUCAAACAGCUUCUCACGGGCAUGGCCGACAAGAACAUCAACCACUACGAAAAGUGCCAGGCAGCGUGGGAGUCGCUCAUAACUCUCCUCCAGGACAAACAGACUGAGGACAAAACGAGCGAGACGAACUGAAACAUCUCCUCACGUCUCUGCCCCCAAUCUCUCCGUAUCACACACAUACACAUAUACACACACACACACACACACACACACACACACACACACACACACUCACACACACACUCACACUCACACUCACACUCACACUCACACUCACACUCACACUCACACUCACACUCACACACACACUCUCAUGCCAAGGAAAAGGACCAACCGGGCAGCAGACUGGAACUGCUGGACUUUUGCCCUUGUUCUCCUGUGAGAUGAUUGUAUGGAGUGGGGGAGUUGUCUCUCUCAGUGUUCUGACCUGCGAAAGAGGUAAUGAAUGGUUGAAGUACAGCAGGGAAAGAAGAGACCUACUAUGUACUUUUUUUUCGUUGUUUUUAUUGACUUUUUCUACUUCAGAUUUCCAAUUAACAGUCAGUUGCCAAUGCUACUUGUGUUUAUUUAACUGCAGUCUCCAAGAGAUGCAUUUUCUUUCUCUCAUCACAUUGAGCCAAAUGUGAAGGAUAACAAUUUAGUGUUGCAGAAAACAUUUUUUUGAAGGCAGAUACUGAUAUUUUGAGUGGGAGUGAAGUUUCUUAAAUUAAAGUAAAACUGCUUGGAGCAUCCCCAAGAUUUCUUUCCCUGAUGGGUUGUUCAAGCCUCUGAAAAUGCAACACUGAAACUCUUCAGUGCAACAAGACCCACAAAGUUCUAUUUCAUCCCUUAAAGGCAUCAUAUUGGCUGUAAAUAAGAAGCCAAUAUUUUAUACUUAACAGCCAUUGUAGUUUUCAUUAAUGUUGACCAUCUUCCAAAAGUUUGUAUACUUAACAGUUUUCUUGCUUUCCAUGGAACCGUUGUUACAAAUCAGCUUGCAGAGACCUGAAUUUGCUUAGGCAUCAGAGGUUCAUGACCUGGCCUUGUAUUUGACCAGAAGGACCAAAACUAGGAGGUGCUGCUACAGAGAUCAAAACGAGAUCUCAGUAAAGCCUCUGUUAUUCUACAAAGGGAAACUUUGAGAUUUUAUUUUUUUUUGUUGCUUUUUUAAACCACACCUUUACAGAUAUACCAGACAGGAGGCAGAGCUGCAUUUGACCAUGAUGACACAGGUGUGGGUGUCUGAGUUGAAUGAUGAGCUUUCUAGUCGAGCUUGAUUUGCAAUAUGCUUUUGUGUUUUGAGCACAGUGCAGCAGCACCAUCUGGUGGUCAAACUGCGAAUAGUUUCCAUACUUUUGAAACUGGUGGCUGAACAGUGUGCUACCUCUGCUGGUUACUCUUGGUAUCACAUUUCUAUCUCCCGUGGCCAUUUGUACAUGCUGUAGCAAUUUCAGCUAUUUAGCUGGGGAUGCUAAAUGGCACACCGGACAGAUUUACCUUAUGAAAAGGACUCAGAGGGAACUGAGGGUGAGAACUCCAUUGGUACACUUUAUUUUACUCACAAGUGAAAAGUCAGGUGUCAGUGUUUUUUUAGGGUCAUGUAAUUUUCUCGCAGCAGUCUGCCUCAGUGACUCAUUUACAUAAGAUCUCUGAAACAAAAACAAAAAAAUCACACUGCUUUGGGAACUGUUCGGCAUUAUCACACCCCAUUAAUAGAAUUUAUAUCUUGUUUUAAGAAGAGUAUAUCUUGAAUGCUGGAUAUGAGGUCUUUUUAGUUUGCAGGGUACAGAGUUUAGACCUGUCAGGUGAACAUCUGCCUACUUUGAAGUUGGUCAAUUUUUUUAAACAUGUUCUUGCUGCAGGCUUACAAAGAAACAAACAGCAUUUGGGCUUCUGGGAAAUCUCAGUUGUUUCAUGUAAACACCUGAGAAACUGGAUAAAUGGUGCUGAAAAGAGCUUUGGGAACGCUCCCUGAAAACUACUUUCAGAGUGAUACGGCGGUUGUUUUCAGUAAAUAAUUUAUUUCUCCCAGUAUGAAUAAAUGACUCAGUAAUGUGGACAUCUUGCAGUUUGGUUCUGUUGAAGCCUCUGAUGGAGAAGACGACGUGACGUCGUCUGCUUAGCUGUGACUCAUGGAAAACAUUUUUAAGAAGCUGUAGUCAGACUGCACUAAGUAUGAACAGCUUGUUUGCGUCACACUAGGUUCCUCUUUUUUUUUUUUUCUUGGCUCAAGUUGUUGCUGAUGUGGCCGUUAAGGAAAAAGCCACUCCAAAAUAUUCCGAUACACUUAAAGUGUGUAAUCUUUGCUGAACCCACUUACUUAGUGAUUUCUGACUUCUCCUAAGAUGGCUUUUGACCAUAGAGGGAGGUACUGUAGGUUGACGGAUAUAGCAGUGGAGUUUCGCAUUUUACCCUCCCAUUAAAAUGUCUAUCUUUCUCUCCGUCCUCAGCUGUACUGCUGGUUCAUGACAUUCAGCAUAAAGUAGCGAAACUUGACCAACGAUUCGAGGGCAGACUCGGUUAUGUCACAUCUUCCCAGAAUCAUGUUUACAAAAGUUUUAACCUCUGUUCAGUUGUGGCACAGAUAUCACGUUAUAGCCUCGUAAACAGGAGAAAACAUUUAUUUUUCAGUUACGUGAAAUAAUAAUUUCUGUUUGGUCAGUAGUUCCUUUAAUGUCUUUUGAUUUAUUGCUAAAAUUUCCAGAAAUAAGGUGCUGAUUUUGGGACUAUAAUCUCAGUUUUAUUUAGUUUUUUGUGCCUCUACAGGCUUUAUUUUGGCUUUGUUUCUUUUAAAUUGUGUCUUUUUUAUCUGCUCUUUGCCUCUGAUUUUAAGCUGAUGUCACUUUACUAAGCCUGCCCUCAGUGUAGCCAAAUGCGAGUGCAGUGAGACAGCGACGAGUUGGAAGUGUCUGCUUGCGAGCUGGUUUUAGUUCUUUGUUGGUUCUCUCUCUCUCUCUCUUUCAUUCCCCUUAAGCUUUAAUAGCAUAAAGCAGCCACAGCUUCCUCUUACUACCCAAAGUCAGCAAGUUGACUCAUGAAUAAUAUUGUAUUUUAAAUUGUGGGCACAUUAGAUGCCACAUUAGCCACAUUAGAUUGUGCAAGGGGAGUAGCUGUGGUGCAGUGUUGAGGCAGCUACAGCAGACAGUACUAUGGAUGCACUGAUGCAAAAAGACUAAAUUACUGUAUUUGUGUGUCAAAAAUAUUGAAAUCUUGUAUGCAGAGCCAGAGUCUGAAGUGUUUCUGUGUUGUAUGGUUCUGUAGAAGAAGACCUACUGCUUUAAUAGCACAGUUACAAUUUGCUCAUUUUUGACUAUUUCAAUCCUCCCAUCUUCUAUAAAUAUGCACGGCAAUUAAAGAUAUUUUUUAAAAAUGCCUUAUCCAAACCUCAGAGGCUUAUUCACUAUCACUAGCAGCAGGAAUUCAGGAAAGGUAAUGCACUGAAAUUAAGCAAAGUUAAAGGUACCUUGUUGAGUUUUUGACCACUAGUGGUGCUGUGGAGCUGUGUUUUUGUGAGCACAUCCGCGAUUUGACAAGAGCGUUUUGUUAAGAAAAAAUAAAUGUAAACAUAGAUUUGUUUGUUCACAACACAGCACCUUUAAAGCAGAUUGGUGUUAUUAGACUGUAAUGUUUUACAUUUAAAAAUCACUUCACUUUUUCAUUUAAUUGCGCUGAACUGGUGAAUACCAUGAAAAAUGAGGUGGGGCGGGGGGCAUCAAACUUAAUUCCCACAUCUUUAUAGCAAAAAUAAAAAUUUCAACCUGUAGCCAAUGUCCACUGUAACCCAGGUACAUUUUAAUAUAUUGACUCAAUAAAGGACUAAGGAAUAGAAAAUGUAGCAAACAUGAUGAAAAAAUUAUAUGAUACAAUGUAAAGAAUAACUGAUCACUCUUUUCCAUUUAGUUCUGUUCUGUUUUAUUGUAUCAGAUCGGUACUUGGCAUCUGUUUGUUUACAGCUGAGCACUGUGAAUGAGGGCAGCAAUUUUUUUUUUUUUCUUCAAAGAGGCAUCAGUGCAUCUGUAGACUUUUCAUGCUUGCUGGUGCAAAUGAAGGAUCUAUACCGACCUGAUGACGUGACCUGACCUGAGCAUGCACACACAACUUGACUGAAUUUUCUUUUUGCUAAUGGCAAUAUUGUAUAUAUUCAGUAUACCCCAAUGUACAGCUGAAUUAUAUACGGUACAGCUGAGUCUAUUUUUGUAUACAAAGAAGGAGAUCAUUGUUUGGGUUCCAGUGAGUAUGUGAAGAUUACUAUAAUACAUUUAAGAAGGGAUUUUGGAGAUUUGUACUAACUAUGAAUCUGGCAUAACCAAAAUGUGGAAAUAAAAUUUUAUUUUUAUUUAUGAUGCUCAUUGGAACCCGGACGAUAGUUUUCAGAUAAAUUUACUCCUACUUCCUUGUAGCCAUUGUAAAAGCCCCAUCUUAUACUGUGUGCCUGCUGAUUUACUUUUGCACUAUAUACAGUACGUAGCUCCACCCCCUGGAAAAAAUGUCAAACAAAAGACUAAAACUUGCUUUCUUUCAGUUGCCAAUACAAGACAAUAAAUAGUCUGGUGUCGAGCUGGCUGAAACAUACUCUGUGUUUCAGUUUGGAGCAGUCUGUAAUGUUAAGAAAGGCAUCGCCUGCACAGCUGAUUCAGGUUAAAAUCACCAAACAAGGAUGACUGCGAUGGCUGCCACUGUUAUGGGCCUAUAAAGAAGGCAAAUCUUAGGCAAAUCAUGGGGGGGAUGUGAGUUUUGUUCUUCUUUAACAUACAAAUCAAAUGUUUCUAAGCCAAAUGUUCCCUUCUUUUCCUCCUGUCUUCCUCACGUAUGUUCAGAGAGACUCUGACUUGUAGCACAGGAUAAACCUGAUCAAUCAAUCCUGUGUGAAAGGUUAAAAAAAGUCAGACGACUUAUGAACGUGUGGACGGAGCUUCGGUCUUUUUUAUUUCUGUUCCUCCCCAGUGUGUACUGUUUACGUUCAGAGUCCUUAUUGUACAUUUGGAUGUGAAUAACAUCUCGUUGUAAUUAUAAAUAAGCUUGUAUAUUGAUGUUGUUUUUGAUGCAAUUUAUCUUUACCUCAAUUGAUUUUUUUGGAUAUAUUGGACCAAUAAUAAAAAGAACGAGUUCAUUUGA